AUGAUUGGCUACCCUCACCUCUGUGGAGGCACGCUUCUCUCCUAUAGCCCCGCGUUUGUCUUGACAGCAGCCCAUUGUGUAGCAGAUGCAGAUCAUCAUCCGUCAGAUUAUUCUAAAGCACAGAACCCUUAUUUUGUGAGCUACCAUGAUGUUCAUCGGCAGCGUCAAAGAAUGGCAGGCAUUGCUGAUUGGAUGAUUCAUCCGUUAUAUAACGUUUCAUCUACCAUCAAUCCAAGCUAUGACAUGGCUAUCGUCAAAUUGGAUUCCACUCUAAGGCCGUCCCGAAGAGUACGCCGAGCUCCGUUAUGGUCUCCCGAAAUGACACAACCGUCGUCAACACAAGGCGAAUUCGUUGGAUUUGGAUAUACCGACCUUGACGGAAGCCAAGCCAAAGUCUUACAGAAGCUUGUACUAAAUAUUACGCGGUUUGAUAAUACAUCCAAUAUAGAAGCAAAAACAGAUACAGACGAGCAAAUCGCUUGCCAUGGAGACUCUGGUAGUCCCCUCAUCACUCGUCAGCCAGUGACGGAUCCAAAGGAUAAGAGUCAAACGAUCCAUGUUUCAUUCGUUUUGGGGAACCUUGUUCGGAUUUACGGUGCCCGAGACGUCAAAACACCUACUUGUCCUGUACCAAACAGAGAAAACAACAUGAUCAGUUCAGUGGCAGAAAGUUUUGCCAAUGUGGCCUCUGUAUUGGACUGGAUUUCUCAGGUCUCUGGUAUAUCCACCCGCAACCUAACAGAUCCAUGGUAUGAGCCACCCUGUCCAAACUGUCAGGAAAUGACGGAUGAUGAACAACGAACUGACAGGUCUGCAAAAAAAUGGAAUAUUGGUGUUGUAGCUGACGAAAACGGAUUAAUUAGCGAUGACACUAUAAAACUCUUUUGGAAAUAG